AUGAGGGGUAUUGAGCGGCUACCAGAAGAUGUUAUCAACCGUAUUGCCGCUGGCGAAGUGGUUCAGCGUCCAAGUGCUGCACUGAAGGAGUUAUUGGAAAACUCCCUGGAUGCGGGUAGUACGUGCAUUCAGGUGGUUGUUCAGGAUGGUGGCUUAGAAUUGCUGCAGGUUACAGACGAUGGUCAUGGUAUACGUUUUGGUGAUCUCCCAUUGCUGUGCGAACGUUACGCCACAAGCAAGUUACGCGCUUUUGAUGAACUGAAUAACAUUCGUUCUUUUGGGUUCCGUGGUGAGGCACUGUGCUCGAUUUCAUACGUGGCACGAGUAACUGUGACCACGAUGCGCCACAAUGACACCGUCGCGUGGCGCUGCCACUAUGUCGACGGGCGGAUGCAGGAGGAACCGAAGCCAUGUGCCGGAAAUCCGGGGACAUGUAUACGAGCGGAGAAGAUGUUUUACAAUGCUGCUGUCCGCCGGCGGGCGUUCAGUCGGCCUUCUGAGGAGUGUAGCCGUGUUGAAGACGUGGUUUCUCGCUAUGCACUAGCCUUCCCGAGCGUCGCGUUCUCGUGCCGUCGCUCCGAUGGUAGUGUUGCUGGUGUUACAAAGAAUUGUGUGUGUUUCCCCAAGGAUUCCAACACAUUGGCGAACAUCCGUCAGCACUGGGGUGGGGAGGUCGCUUCCCGCCUGUGUGAGGUUCGUUGCACCGGUGAAUCACCUAGCGAAGAUAACUGCACGCCAGAGAGUGUGCUGGCAACGUCUGGACCAUCGGGUGAAGGGCGUUUCCUUAUCACAGGUUACACCAGCGAUAUAACACUCGCUAGCCGUAAAUCGUAUCUUUGCGUAUUCGUCAACAAUCGGCUGGUGGACAGUACGGCCAUUCGCCGGGCUCUUGACGCAGUGUACAGUGGUGUGUUGGUGCGCGGGAACCGCCCGUUUACCGUCCUCUUCGUCACGGUGCCACCUGACAGGGUGGACGUGAAUAUUCACCCAACAAAACAUGAGGUCUGUCUUCUUGAUGAAGAAAUAAUUGUAUCGCAACUGUCCGAAUGCGUUCAGGGUGCUCUUCAGGCGUCUGCGGCUCGCAGGCAGAUGGAUAUUCGGCAGAUUCACUCCAAGGCGGUUAUGCUAGGCGAUAGGGAGAGUCAACGGUCCAACCAGCCGAUGCAGCCUCAUUCCUCAACCUCGCCGUUUAACCCAUUACCCACUGGUGCCCGUGGUGGUGUGGCUGCUGUGGCACCUUGUUCACUUGUGCGGGUGGAGCCACAGCGAGGCGCGCUCGACGCCUUCGUGCGCCGGCCGAAGCCGACCGCUGAGGGCAAUGGAGAUGCUCCGCUGCGUAGUGAGUCCAUUGAGGAGCGCGCAGGUGGAGGCGGUGACGCACAGGUCCGCAGUGCGGGUACUGGGUCGUCCAUGGAAUCUCAAGAUACAGCUACUGGGGGAAAUUUUCAGGUUGCGAGAACCGCCGAUGAUGGUAAGGCUCCCUCGGGUUUGACGUGUGCUGCAUCAUCCAGCCCUGCAGUAACCACCGUGACUGAUGCCGAAGCCAGCAGCGGGAGUGGGGCCAGGGGCUGGUCGGAAAACCAAAGCACUGGGACUCUUUCCAUGACCCCAGUUUUGCUGUUAGAUACCACCGAUGAGGAUGGUGAAGAAGUGGAGUACACAAUAGAGCAUUUCAAGAAGCAUAGAAAAGAGGUUCAGGAUGUGGUGAGUUCUGUAAUAGAUACCGCAGGGGUGGGCGUGGGGUGCGGCGCGUCGGAUUAUAUCGCCGCUGAAGAUAACAAGGCGGCUGCAUCGACGGGGGAUGCCGCUGUGCGCAUGGUGGAGGGCGCUGAUUCGGCUGGGAGCCAGGAGGAGGCGGGAUUUCUUUUGCUCACUAGUGUGUCGACCAUUGUAUCGAACAUUCGCGCGGGUACAUCACAAACUGCUCAAUCCCUUUUUCAGAAUUUGGCCUACGUUGGUGUUCUUAAGGGGCACCUCUUCUUCGCCCAAUCGGGUACGACACUUUACGUUGUUGAUUCCCUACGGCUCGUCCGGCACGUCGUGUAUCAGCGAAUUUUCCUUCGGUGGGCCACCCCCUCUCUCUCUGCUGUGCCUCAGUUGUCGUUUGAGGAGCCUAUACACUUGUCAGAUUUGCUUUCCUUUGCACUACAGAAUGACGUUCAGCUUCCACCUUCACAAAAGCGCGCUGACGGAGGACCGGGUUCUCUUCUGUCUCGCUUGGGGCGCCGCCUCUGCAACUGGCGUUACAUGUUGCAGGAUUACUUUGCCGUGGAAAUCAGUGCUGAUGGCCACCUGAUCGCGCUUCCACUUUCUAUGGGCACUUCGUGGCCACCCCCGCUUCGGGCUGUGCCUCUUUUUAUAUGGCGGCUUGCAGCAGAAGUUCCGUAUAAUGCCGGGGAGAUUGAGUGUUUCACUGCCAUAGCUCGGCACAUUGCAGAGACAUUGUAUGGUGUGCAGCUGCACAGCUCGUGGCUGCCGAAUGUAAUAAAGGAUGGUAUUCGGCAAGAUGAUGUUCCUCCAUUUUGUGAUGCCAUUCGCUUUGGCCUUUUGCCGUGCGCGACGAACUCAACCUUCUUUGUGCCUCCGUGUGACGCGCUGGUCGACGGAACCGUGCAGGCGGUAGUUUCUGUGGAUGAGCUGUACAAGGUCUUCGAGCGUUGCUGA